AUGCCGGAAAAACUCACUUUUACAAUACCAAGGAUUGAUUUUCAGCUCCUCAAAAACAGAGAUGAAGAGACGACCAAAGCUUUUCUAGCGGCUAUCACAGAUGUUGGCUUCUUCUUCGUCAAAAAUCACGACGUCCCGAAAGAUCUAAGCGAUAGAUUGGAGCAUCUUUCUGAGAAUUUUUACAACACAACAUCGGAAGAAAGGAACAAAGUAAAGGAGUUUGACGGGAAGUUGAAGACCGAGGGCUCUGUUUUCAAUGAGAAACCAUUUCUGAAUUCACCAUUAGUAGAUUUACAGAACGAUGGAUCAAUCGAACUGAACGGUAGCGAAAUCGACAAUGUCUUCCACGAUUAUUUCGAUGAGAUUUGCACUUUGGGUCUCUUUCUACUUGAGAAAUGCGAAGAGUACAAAGACGUCUGGUAUCCAGUAGAAGAGGAAAUUGAAGGCUGCCUUUCUGUCAAUAUUGGAAAGAUGAUGGAAAAUCUUUUGGACGGAAAAGUUAAAGCCGUCCUUCAUCGAGUGAAGCCAAGUCCCGAUCACACUCGCUAUUGCUGGCCUGUUUUUCUAGGGCCUGAUCAAAAUCGCCGCACAACCACUGUCGUCAGAUUUCUCCGGUUCACUCACCGGGGAGUUUACAACCAAGAAGAUCAUUGA